CCGUAACACAGAAACAGCUCAUUAAACUAAACAUCACACUGAACAGUUCACAGUUUAGUUUCAGUGUAGGCUAUGUGUAAAUAAAUAUCAGUUCAUAUUCACGGUUAGAUAAGGUUUUAAAUGUUAUCGGGCUCGUUAGCCGGAAGCUGUUAGCCUAGCUACACCGAGAGAAAGAAGCAGCAGAUAUUUACCUGAACAAGGAGUUCAACAUGGAGGACAUGUUCAUCAAACCAGGUAACCAGGAGCGAGGAUGGAAUGACCCCCCUCAGUUCUCAUACGACCUGCAGAAGGCCCGCGGACCACAAAGGAACCUCCUGAACAAGAGAGCAGCUCCACCUGCAGAUUCAGGUUCUGGAGCCCCACCAAUGACCCCUCCCUCAAUAGGUUCAGCCCCGCCUCCUUUCAAUCCAGCUGGUCCACCUCCUACCUGUGUGGCCACGCCCCCUCCUCCAUUGGGACCAAUAAGAGGUCAGAAAGAGGCUGAUGGCAGCCAAUCAGAGAGUGAGCCUGAUGUAGAGGCUGUGAUGUUGGUGCUGAAUGGAGCACUGGCUGCCUGCAGAGAGACUGUUAAAGAUCAGGUGUGUAAUGAUGUGGCAAAGAGACUUCGUGUCCUGGAGGACAGCUGGAGGUCAGGAAGACUGAGCCUACCUGUCAGGAGACGCAUGGACUGCCUGUCUUUGGAGUUACAGUCAGCUCGUUGGGACUCGGCUGAUGACAUCCAUCGCUCUCUGAUGGUCGAUCAUGUGACUGAAGUCAGCCAAUGGAUGGUUGGCGUCAAACGACUCAUCGCUGAGAUCCGAAAGCUCGGACCAGACCGCUUAGAGGGUUUUCACAAACCAGCAGGACCAGACCAAAGCCCCAUAAAACCAGACCAGGACCAUGUAAAACCAGAACAGGACCCUGAAAAAAACCCAGACCAAGACCCAAAUAAACCAGACCAGGAGGCGGUCUGUGAAUCAUGACUCUGUUAGUUCUGCAGUGACUUGGACUUGGUUCUUUCUGUUUCACACUUCAGCUGAGGGUCAAAGGUCAGAGGUUAAAUAGGGGGGCUGGUCUGGACUAUGUGUGGAAUGUACAUCAGAAGUUUUCAGACGGUUGGACUAGUCCUAUGGGGGGCGCUGCAGAGCUGACAGAGAGCUCUGCUCCUCUGUUUAUAGUUUGAACUCUGAGGACUCACUUCUUAAAGGUACAGGUGUUAAGUAUUAAAUGUCAGGGCUGUCAAACCAUUAAUCCUUUAAUCGCUGAAUUAAGUAGUUCAUUGAUUUCAUUAAAAUGGUAAGCCUUUUAUUAUGAAUGUUUGUCCUGUCUUAGGCUGAGACUUCUUUACUUGCUGUGUGCUUUUAUUUUGAAAUAAAGUAAGGCCCUUCCUGUAGAAGGAAGGUUAGGACAUAGAGGGUGCGUUCGAAUUGUCCCUCCUAUCUCCUUUCAUUUCCUUUCACUAUCCUCUUUACCUUAACCCCGGAAGCAUUUAAGUGGCGGCCAUGAUAAGAGCCGUUCAAAUUCUCUAAAAGUUAAGGAAAGGUGGGUCAAUGCUUCCUUUAUAACAUCCUUUAGCAUAGGAUACACUGGACCAUCCUUUACGAAAGGAGAUGAGAUAUGCCGCCCCACAAUUCCUUGCGGCCGCAACAUUUAAAGCGAGUCGCACAUCCGACCGUUCACGAACAUUAACGAUGAUCGUAAAGUGACACAGAUCAUGUUUUAUUCAACAUAUUUAAUUCAAUUAAGAAUGCUUUGUGCAGUUGUACAUUUGUAUGCUUAAAACAUUAUGUGUAGGUUAUAUCUUACAGAAAUGUAACUAUUAAUUUCAUAUUUAUGUUGAUGUUGAUUUCUGAGUGGACAGGAAGCUGAUGGUUUCACUUUUCUUACUCGUAGCCUUGUAGUCUAUAUUGCUUUUAUUUCAAUCCCAACCUUGUGUUAAUUAGGAUUAUUUCACCGGUAAGAAGGCACAGGGAAAAGUUUUUUAGAUGAUCUUUUAGUAGUCCAUUUUCUGAACAUUGUAGUUUCAACACGGCGGACUCACGUCAUUAACCUCCGCCGGCCCGUCGCAUUUAAUUAUGUGGCCUAGUGGAAAAUGCGGUCGGAUUGUCAGAGCAACGAGAUCUCCUUUCCCUAAGUCCUUUAUGAAUUCUCCUAACAUCUUUCUUAACCUCAUGACGUUUUCCCCGGGGUUAAGGUAAAAUGGAUAGUGAAAGGAGAUAGGAGGGACAAUUCGAACGCACCCGAAGUAAAGCACAGAAACAGGAAGUGGUUAGGGAUCCCAAACUGAGGUCAAACAGCUCAAAGGAACGGUAACAAAGGUCAAUGUGUGAUGUCAUAAGGUGGAUAUUACUUUGGACUCGUCAGCUGAUCUGUCUGAGAGUUUGUUAAAGUGAAAUGAGACAUUCAAAGAUGCAGCAGUGUCCUUCUUUUACAUCACUGAGACUACAGGGAGACACUGAGGACGACUAUCUACGGAGAGCCUGAAGGGACAAAAUAGCAGGAGAUUAAAAACAAUGAAUGCAUUAAUACAGACCUUAAUUAAUCGUCAUGACCUCGUUCAUACUGACAGCUCUAAUAGUUUUAUGAACUGUAUUUAAAGUUGUGUUCCUACCUGGAGAUGAUGAAUCAACCAAUCAGAGCUCAGCAUCACUAAGCUCCCCUGGAUCAGAAUAAAUGAAACAUGACUAUCAUGAUGA